AUGCAGAAAGCAACAUACUACGAUAACUCUGGACUUUUUGGAGGCUAUACCUACCCCAAACCAGACUCUUACAACUAUGGGCCCGCACACCAGUCCUAUCCUACUUCAAACAUAGACAGCGACUACCAGGGCUCAGUUUGUCCCAUUCAGACAGCUGCAGCCCGGCCACCAGCCCUAAAAGACAGCGACCUGAACGGAGAUUGCAUGCGACAAAGCAGCAGUCAAAAUAACAACAACAGCCAAGCGACUAGUAUUUCAGAGCAGCAGGCUCCUCCACUGUCUGCAUCUUCCCCUAGCUCCAACAGCUCUGCAUCUCAGAAGAAGAAAUCCCCAUCCAGCAGUGCUUCCAGCAGCGCCACACCAGCCCUCACCAAGCAGAUAUUCCCCUGGAUGAAGGAGACCCGACAGAACUCAAAGCAGAAGAACUCAAGCAACUGUGCCACUGCAGGUGGUGAAGUGAGUGAUGAGAAAAGCCCACCGGGACCAGCGUCCAAACGGGUCAGAACUGCUUACACCAGCGCGCAACUUGUGGAGCUGGAGAAGGAGUUUCACUUUAACCGCUAUCUUUGUCGUCCUCGGAGGGUGGAAAUGGCAAAUCUGUUGAAUCUCACCGAGCGCCAAAUAAAGAUCUGGUUUCAAAACAGGAGGAUGAAAUACAAAAAGGACCAGAAGUCUAAAGGGCUGGCGCACUCCCCCCUGGGACAUUCCCCGGAUAGAAGCCCGCCGCUGAGUGGCCCAAAUCACAUUGGAUACUCUGGCCAGCUCCAAAAUGUGAACAGCCUCAGCUAUGACGCACCCUCACCCCCGUCCUUUGCCAAACCCCAGCAAAAUAUGUACGGCUUGGCCGCGUACACGGCACCCUUGGGUGGCUGCAUCCCACAACAGAAGAGAUACCCGGGCUCCGAGUACGAACACCACGGCAUGCAGAGCAACGGCAGCUUUGCCAACGCCAAUUUGCAAAGCAGCCCCGUUUACGUGGGUGGGAAUUUUGUUGAUUCCAUGCCAGCCUCGGGCCCCAUGUUCAACCUCGGCCAUCUUCCCCACCCCUCAUCCACCAGUGUGGACUACAGCUGUGCCGCUCAGAUCCCAGGAAACCACCACCAUGGACCCUGUGAUCCCCAUCCCACAUACACAGACCUCACCUCUCACCAAGCGUCUCAGGGAAGGAUUCAGGAAGCGCCUAAACUGACGCAUUUGUAA